AUGCCGUCGAAUGCGCAGGCCUCUCCGGGGCCUGCGCCCAAUUCCUGCAGGCGGCUCUCUUCUGUCUCUCCCCUUUCUUCGCCCGCUCCCCCUUCGUCUCCCUCUCCCCUGUCUGUCUCCGCUGCUUCGCCGUCUCGUUUUCCAGGUGCAAGGGGCGAGAACGUGCUUUGUGCUUCCUUGUCACCUCUCGUUUCUGACGGAUCUUCGAGUCUUCCCUCGUCUCCUGCAAACUCAGACAGCCGUUUCCGAGUGAGCAAGAAAAACUCCGCGGCAGCUGUGUGCAUCUCGCCGGCUCCGCAGCCUGCGACAGCCCCCAGGCCUCUUCAUUUCCCCGCUGGAAGGGAAGAAAGCGACCUCGCAGUCCAGGCGACCGCUUCUGUGCCGAGCUGUGCAGGAACCGUGACUGCUUCUUUUCUAAACAAGAGCAGAGCUCCGGAAGGAGAUCAAGGCAGAGAGGCUCGACACCAGCUGGCUGGCUUGAGUGAGAAGAGGCGCGUGCCUGAGGACGGAGUCGAGUUCCUCGGGAAGCGGAUAGCACCUCCUUCGCAGCCUCCAUUUUCGUACUCUCCGCCGCAGUCGCCUUCUUCUCGAUCUGUUCUGUCUGUUGCGUCCUAUUUCUCUUUCGCGGCGUCGCUGUCUCCCCUGUCGCCGACCCGUGUCACCCCGAUCUUCUCUCCGGCCCCCAUCACUGCAGCUCCUUGCCCCUCUCACCGUUCAGUGUCGACAGCUGUGCGAAGCGAAGCAAACGCCCCGGCGUCCUCGGCGUUCGCUUCCGCUCGCCACCCCUCUCGCCUGCGCCUCCCGACAACGACGUCGGCGGACCCAGCAGAAGAGCGAGGAAGCAGGGCUGAAGGCCGAUGCGAGGACGCGUCGGCGGCGACGCCGUCGCUCGGAACAAGUCGCUUGCGCGUUUCGUCGAGAAACGAUGAGGACCUCAGACCUCAGGCGCUGUCUCCCUCGCGCGGGGGCUCCUCAGGGCUUUCAGCAUCCAGCGACCGCCUCCCGCGAGCGCAGUCGGCCGGCGGCGAGCGACGUGGCCACCGCGGGAGAGAAACGGGAGGGCGCAGUGCAUGCACGGACCUGUCUAGACAAAGAACGCGGACUGUCGACGCAGCCGAGCUGCGUCGCCGCGACCGCGAGAGAAGCUCUCGAGCGGAACGCGAUGACGGGUGUUCGUAUUUGUUCGAGCAGGGCACCCGCCUCGCGGCGGCCGCUCGUUUUUCUCCGUGUCGCCGCGAAGCUUCGCCGAGCCGAUUGCCCUCGUUUCCUCUCGCUGCGGCACCUCCUCUCCACACAGCUCCGGUGGACAGCCGCUUUCCCCUUGCUUCGCCGGCGCUCGUGCCGACAGCUGCCGGGUCUUCAGAGGAGGCCCCGUUCGCCGCUGGGGAGAGGGGCCGUUCUGCCUGGCUCUUCCGAGAGGUCCGCGCAGCUUCCAAAGAGAGGAACGGGAGUCGCCUCAUCCUGGAGGGCGCGCCCGGCCGCACGCAGCCUGGUUUCGGCGAAGAGCUGCAUCCGCCGAAUUUCUGGGAAGAGGUGCACUACCUGAAGCGCAGCGUCCACACGGUCCUGGAGAAGUCCUCGGGUCUCCAGGGGGCUCGCCUCAGUCGGCAGACGCGGCGGAGCCGAGAGGCGUCGAGGGCGCUGGAGGAAGCCCGAAGAAACGCCGAGUUCCGAGCAGCCGUGGCUGUGCGUCGCGACCUAUACGCGGAGAACACUUUCCUCGAGCAGUUCGUGACGAAAGGCGACCGCGUGCUCCAGACCAAGGAGAUGGCGCGAUGUCGGGAAGCAGUGGCGAAGCUCGAGCAGGAGAACAAGAGUUUGCGACACCGCGUGGCUGAGGAGCGGAAACAGACGCUCUCCUUCUUCCGACAAAGGUGCGUGCUGGACGCGCUGCUCCAGCGGGUUGCUAUGCAGCUCGGCGAGGACGAACAACGCCAGCUUCUGGCCCACAUGCGGCUCUCCGCCGCCGCGUGCGUCGCCGUGGACUGGCGAGACGCGCACCGCGGAGCCGUCGCCGACGUGCCGGCCACGGUCGCCGAACUGCAUGCCGGCUGCUUCUCGUUUGCAGACUUGCUGCCUUCCGCAGCUGCGGCUUGGGAAGACACGGGGGUCCCGGGCGGGAAGGCGGACCGCGCCGCGCUGAGCGGUCGACUCCGGGGGCGGUCUGUGUUUUCAGGGGAAGCCUCCACGCCGGGUCGGGCGAGUCGGAGUGUCUGUGCGACUCCGAGAGAAAGAAGAAUGGAUUCAGCCCGAUCUGCCAACAUGCGCGGGGCGGACGAGCAGCUCACGGGGCUGCGGAGUCUCCUCAUCGACAAGGAAGCCGCGCUGAACUCCGCUCUGAUGGAGAGGGACGCCCAGCGGGAGGAGAUCCGCCAGCUGAAGAGUCUUUUGGAGGGGCGUGCGGAGGCGAGCGUUGCGGUGAAGCGGAUGGCCGACACCGAGAGGACGCAGCUGGAAGCCACCAUCCGAACCCUGCAGGCGACCGUGAAGACUGCCGAAGAAAAGGCCCAAAAGGACUUGCAGCGCGCCGAGGGCCUCGUCGCCCAACUGCAGACGCAGGUCGCCGCCGCCGAGGAGUCGCUCGCUCGUGAGCGGGCGACUCUCACGUUGCGCGAAAAAGAGCUCGCCACACGGGCCCGAGGCGACGCUCAGGGGACGGAGACACAGACCCUGCGGAGGAAACUCGCGGAAGAAGAAGGGGCUCGCGCGCGGCUCCAGGCGGAGGUCCAGGCGCUGCAGGCGAAGGCGGCGCGAAGCGAAGGCCUCGAGAUGGAGCUGGAAGCGAAGAAGGAGCUUUUGACUGCUGAAGCGGGCAAGGUCCGAGACCUCGAGGCGAAGCUCCAAGAGACCGAGGCGAAGAACCGGGAACUCGCGCAGCUCGUGGCUGACUUGCAGAAGGAACUCUCAGCGGAAAAAGCGAAGACGGAAGCUGUGAAGCGUCCAUCUUUGGGGCCAAGCGCACCUGCAGCGGCUUCAGGCCCAGCGGCGCCGAAAGGCGACCAGGUUGCUUCCGAGCCGACAAAGGACGCGGGCGCCGCGAAGAGUGUGAAGAGUAAGCCAGUUCUCCCGCCUCCGGGAAAAGGCGCGAAAACCGUCGCGGCCGUUGCACGUUCCUCAGAUGUGUCUACCUUGCAAGCAGAGGUCGCCACUUUGCUCGCAGAGAACCAGCGCCUCGCUCUCGCGCUUCAGGAAGCGACGCUGCGCGAGGCUGACGCGGCGGUGGCUGGGAAGGCGCUGCCUUCGUCGCCUGCGUCAGCGAAGAAGAGCCUGCCUUCUCUCGGCAGCAAACUCGGUGCGAAGCCGCCGACUUCCGGGGGGGCUCCUGGGCAGGGAGCAUCUGCUGAGCCGCUUUCGAAGGAGGAACGCGAAGAACUGACAAGGCUCCGAGAAGAAAACCAGUCUCUCCGGGAAAAGCUCGAGGGCGGAGUGACGGCAGCCACCAAGAAACUCCCUCCGAAACUGGGAAAGGCCUCGCCACCUGCGGGGCCAGGCGUCGCAGCUGGGCACCCCAGCUCUGCCGACGCCGACGAGGAGUUGAGGCGGCUUCGAGCUGAGGUCGCGCGUCUGCGGAAGGAAAAGGAAGAGAGGCCGGGCGCGACGGGAGGCGCCGCCGCCGAGUCGGGGAGCUCGCCUGCCUCAAGUUUGGCGCAGAAAUUCGCGGCAGAAAAGCCAAAAGCCAAGGGCCUGUUCAGCGCGCUGCGCAGAACGCUUUCUCGCACGUCUUCUGGAGCUGAGGCCUCGCCGCCCUCGCCACGAACCGGGGGGCCGGGAAGCGACGAAACUGCCAAGCUGAGGAUGCAGCUCGAGAAGAUGCGAGAGGAGCUUGCGCACGCGCUCGCCCAGAAUGAGGAGUUACGCGGACACGGCGGCGCGACCAGUGCGGCUGUCGCGCCUCCAAGGCCUUCGGGUCAGGCCCAGAUCGCCGCGAAGAAAGCGGCACCUGUGGCGACGAAAGAAAUCGAGGAGCUGACGCGCGAAAACGAGACUCUCCGCCAGCGGAUUGCUGAGCUGGAAACAGCAAACCCCGCGCCGGCCGGGACGCCCGGGCCAGGAGCCGGCGAGAAGGCGGCGCCUCCCGCAACAAAGAGAGGCUUUCCCGCUCCCUCGGGACUGGCCAAGAAGGGCGCCGUUCCCCCGAAGAAGAGCGGGAGCCUGACGCGUCAGCAGACGCAGGGCGCAGAGACAGCGACAGAACCCGCAGGGGCCGAGGAGGUGACGCGUCUCCGAGCCGAGAUCGACAAACUGCAAACGGAGAAGGCGAGCGUUGACAAGGAACUGAAGGACGCUCGCGAAGAGCUUCUCGAGUUGAAGACGCAGGUCCAUGCGCCAGCGUCCGCUCCCACAGAGCCCAAGAAGGCCCCCGCGCCAGGUCUCGCCAAGGCGAAAGGCCUUCUUCCGCCUACGCCGAAGGGCGCUCCGGGUGUCACUGCAGCCGCGAAAGCAGACGGCGAAGUGCAGCGGCUUCGCAGCGCACUGAGCGAGGUUCAGACGGAGCGUGACGAGCUGAAGAAGCGAGUGGAAGCUCUGGAGAAAGGCACCGAGGGGACAGCCAAGCCAGGUGAGGCGCCACAGCCACCACCGAAGGCCGGCAAGGCUGGACCUCCAAAGGGCCCUGGGGCUCCAAAGAGCGUCGGGCCUCCGAAGAAGCUCGCUCCGAAAGUUGCAACGGCAGACUCGAGUCCAGCGCCGGGCGCGGAUGGUCCGCAGGGCGACGCCUCGCCAUCGCGUCAGCCGUCCGCACAGGUGGGAGGCGCUGCGGAGGCUUCUGGAGGCUCGGCUGUGGACCUCCAGGAGAUGAAGGCCCUGAAGCAGGCAGUGGCGACCCUGGAGUCCCGACUGCUGGCGUCCGAGAGCGCGAAAGCGGCGCUCGAGGAGAAGCUGAAGAAUGCAAACGAAGUGGCGAAAGCAAAGGCUCCGCCGCCACCCAAGGCGAAGCUGGGGCCUGCGCCCUUGCCGCCGAAGGGGCCGACGAAGGCCGGAGCGGCAGGCACCCCGGGCGCCCCGGGCGACGCCGGGGAGAAGAUCAGCGAGUUGGAACGCGAAGUGAAGCAGCUGAAGGAAGAGAAGGAGGCCUUGUUGGCAGAAAACGCGAAGCUAAAGAGCGCGGGAAUCGAGGAAGCAAAAACGGGCGAGGCGGAUACCGCGAGGGCAGCGAAGGCCGUCCCGGCGAAAACGGGAGACCCACGUGUCGGGAAGUCCGGGCCACCGGCUGCAGGGUUGAAAGAAGGCAAGACGCUUCCUCCCAAGGCAAAGCUUCCGCCAGCGGCAAAGAAGGUUCCGGCGGGAUUAGAUCUGCCUCGUGCGGCGUCCGAGAGCGCCGCGGAGGCCGAGGACCAGCAGCGAAAGCUUGCCGAGUUGGAGAGUGAAGUGAAGCAGCUGAAGGAAGAAAACGAAGCGCUGGUCAAGGAAAUUGAGAAGCUGAAGACAGAGCGCGGGGAGUCGGCGACUGCGCCGGGGGGAGCCAAAGCUGGCAAGGCGGGGAUCCCCAAGAAGGCCCCGCCAACAGCCGCAACUUUGCCGCCGAAGACCGUGCCAGGUGUCGCCAACGAAGGGGAGCAGAAGCCUGCGGAGAGGGCGGAGGCGAGUGCGCCGCUGGAAGCGAAAAUCGCGUCUCUGGAAAAAGAAAAUCAGGCACUGCGUGAGGAGCUGGAAACCACCAAGGAUCGGGUGAGGCAGAGCACUGAAGCGAAAGGCGAUGCAGCCGAGACACCUGGAGCGCCUUCGGCCUCGAGCGUCCGCAAAGCCCCGCCUCUCGGUGGAGUCAAGGCCAAGGGCCCUCCGAAGAAGGCCGCUGCGGCUCCUGCCACUGCGCCUGCAGGGGCGCCAGACGAGGGCGCAACGCAGCAUCGCGAGCUCGAGAAGGAAAUCGGGGAACUACGCGAGAAGGUGAAGCAACUAGAGGUCGAGCGAGACGAGCUGAAGGCGCAAGUGGAGGAGUUGAAGCAAAAGGAAGGACCGGGUGGAGACGCUCCAGGUGGACCGCCUUCUUCAGCUACGCCUCCGCCCCCUCUUGGCGCUGAUGGAGGGAGCGGGGAGGAGACCGCUGGGAAAGACGAGGGGAAGGCGAGGGAGGAACUGGCUUCAGCGAAGGAGCAGAUUGCAGCGAUGGAAAAGGAGAUCGAGGCACUGAGGACGCGCGUGAAGGAGACGGAGGAGGCGGGGGUCAAGUCGAGCCAGGAGGAAGCUGGAAAAGAUAAAGAAAGGGCUGCGCCUGUUGGAGGAAAAGCAAAGCUGCCGCAACCCAAGGCAAGCAAGAGUGCGGGACCACGGCCGGAAGCGUCGCCAGCGGCCGGAAAGCACAAAGAAGAGGCGACAGACAAGGCGAGUGCCGGAACAGACGAAAGCCGACCGCAGGCGACCAUCGAGGCUCUCCAGAAGGAAAACGUUAGUCUCAAAAAGGAAAUUGAAGAGCUGAAGCAAAACGCCGGUCUCGCAUCAUCAGGAACAGAGGGGGUGAGGCCUGAGGAAGCAAAAAAGAUGAGGGAGGAGAUCGAGCAUCUCAAGAAGGAGAACGAAGAGCUGCAAAAGAAGGUAGCAGCCGUAGCUGAGGUGCCCGAGAAGAAGGCAGAGACUCCAGGAGAGGGUGGCGAGGCAGCAAAGGCUGCAGUGACAGGAGGCAAGCAUCCGCCGCCCAAGAAGAAGCCGGGUUUGCCAGUGCCCAAGGCGAAGGAAAGUGUGAAGGAGAAAGAAGCAGGAGAAGCAAAGGAUGUAGGAGGGGCUCGCGAUGCUACAGAACCCAAGACAGAGACAGAAAAGACAAAGGGAGAGGAGGAGAAGGCAGAGGAAGCCAAGCAGAUGAAGGAGGAGAUUGAACGUCUCACGAAAGAGAAAGAGGAGCUGACGAAGGAAGUGGUAGAGCUCAAGAGAGCAACGGAGGAGAAAGAGGAAACGAAGGGAGAGGAGGAGAAGGCAGAGGAAGCCAAGCAGAUGAAGGAGGAGAUUGAACGUCUCACGAAAGAGAAAGAGGAGCUGACGAAGGAAGUGGUAGAGCUCAAGAGAGCAACGGAGAAGAAAGAGGAAACGAAGGGAGAGGAGGAGAAGGCAAAGGAAGCCAAGCAGAUGAAGGAGGAGAUUGAACGUCUCACGAAAGAGAAGGAGGAGCUGACGAAGGAAGUGGUAGAGCUCAAGAGAGCAACGGAGGAGAAAGAGGAGACGAAGGGAGAGGAGGAGAAGGCAGAGGAAGCAAAAAAGAUGAGGGAGGAGAUCGAGCGACUCAAGAAGGAGAACGAAGAGCUGCAAAAGAAGGUAGCAGCCGUAGCUGAGGUGCCCGAGAAGAAGGCAGAGACUCCAGGAGAGGGUGGCGAGGCGGCAAAGGCUGCAGUGACAGGAGGCAAGCAUCCGCCGCCCAAGAAGAAGCCGGGUUUGCCAGCGCCCAAGGCGAAGGAAAGUGUGAAGGAGAAAGAAGCAGGAGAAGCAAAGGAUGUAGGAGGGGCUCCCGAUGCUACAGAACCCAAGACAGAGACAGAAAAGACAAAGGGAGAGGAGGAGAAGGCAGAGGAAGCCAAGCAGAUGAAGGAGGAGAUUGAACGUCUCACGAAAGAGAAAGAGGAGCUGACGAAGGAAGUGGUAGAGCUCAAGAGAGCAACGGAGGAGAAAGAGGAAACGAAGGGAGAGGAGGAGAAGGCAGAGGAAGCGAAGAAGAUGAGGGAGGAGAUUGAACGUCUCACGAAAGAGAAAGAGGAGCUGACGAAGGAAGUGGUAGAGCUCAAGAGAGCAACGGAGGAGAAAGAGGAAACGAAGGGAGAGGAGGAGAAGGCAGAGGAAGCGAAGAAGAUGAGGGAGGAGAUUGAACGUCUCACGAAAGAGAAAGAGGAGCUGACGAAGGAAGUGGUAGAGCUCAAGAGGGCAACGGAGAAGAAAGAGGAGACGAAGGGAGAGGAGGAGAAGGCAGAGGAAGCAAAAAAGAUGAGGGAGGAGAUCGAGCAUCUCAAGAAGGAGAACGAAGAGCUGCAAAAGAAGGUAGCAGCCGUAGCUGAGGUGCCCGAGAAGAAGGCAGAGACUCCAGGAGAGGGUGGCGAGGCGGCAAAGGCUGCAGUGACAGGAGGCAAGCAUCCGCCGCCCAAGAAGAAGCCGGGUUUGCCAGCGCCCAAGGCGAAGGAAAGUGUGAAGGACAGAGAAGCAGGAGAAGCAAAGGACGACGAUGCGGAUAUAAAAGGGGAGAUGGAAAGGCUGAGGAAGGAGAAUGAAGAUUUGAAGAAGCGGUUGGAGGCGAUGGAAAAGGCAGAAGGCGGGGCGCCGGGCGCCUCGACUUCGCCAGCGGAAAUGCAGAAGCGGGAAGCCGAACUGGAGGAAUUGAGGGCGAAAUCGGGCACGAGAGCAGCAGGGGAGAAGGUGAGCGAGGGAGGUGGAGGUGAAGCAGUCGCUGCCGACGAGAAGCUGAAGACUCUGGAGGAGGAAAACGCGAAUCUCCGCAAGCAACUCGGCGAGCUUCAGAAGGAAAAGGGUGGACCUGGGCCGGCGUCGGAGAACACAGAGAAGCCGGGCGGCUCUCCAGAGAUGCACGAAGAAAAGAGCGUGGAGGCCCUCCAAGACACAAUCCGCGUGUUGCAGGAAGAGAAGGCGGCUUUGGAGAAGCGCUUGGCAGAGGCAGCCGCGACGUCGGCGUCGGGUGCAAAAUCGAAGCCUGGCCCGCCGCCCAAGAAGGCUGGUGUCGGCUCGAAGGACGUCGAGGGCGCCCAGAAGGAAGAGAAGGGCGGAGAGGAUUUGACGGCGAAGGUGGCGUUGCUGGAGAAGGAGAACGCAGAUCUGAAAGCUCAGCUCGCUGCGCUCUCAGGCGCGUCUGUGUCUCCCGGAAAAGAAGGCGUGCCUGCAGCGCGCGAAGGCGAGGCGCUCGAGAAGCGAGGCCCGAGUCGCAAGCUGUCU